AUGGAAAUUGCGACGUCAUUGGAGGGGACUCGUGCGGAGGACAUAGCUCAGGCAGCGGAGCAGUUGAACCAGCGCUGGACUGGGUUCUGUGUCCUGCUGGCGGAGAGGCUGGCGUGGCUGGCCUAUCAGACCAAGGUCCUGGCUUUCUACAACCUGUUUGAACAAUGCGAACAGGCCGUAGACAACAGCGAGAACUGGCUCAAAGUCCAGCAGCCUCCAGCGGCCGAACCGGAGCCCCUCAGAGUGCAGCUAGACCGAUGCCGGGAGGAGAUCUCGCGCCUGUCCUCGCUGCAGCCUCAGGUGGAUCUGCUGGAGGCCAGGCUGACUGAGCUGAAGGAGGAGAAGGAGGGCGAGGACGAGCCUUCUUUCCUGGACGCAGACAUCAGUGCGUUUAAGGAGCACUAUGAAAAGGUGCUGGAGGACCUGAGGGCGCGAGAGAGGCAGCUGCAGCUCGUUUUGGACAGUUUACCACCGGCUCGGUACAAGGAAACCAUCGCGGCGCUGUUGGCAUGGUUACAACAAUGCGAGGCCAAGCUAGCCAUCCCCUCCACCUCCGUCACAGAGUACCCCGUCAUGGAGCAGCGCCUGCAGGACCUCCAGGCGCUGCAGGUGUCAGUGGAGGAGCAUCAGGGGGAGGUGGACUACCUGACCGCCGCCGUGGAGCCAGUCUUCCAGAAAGCACCUCCAGAAAUCUGUCAGAAAUACCGAGCGGAGCUGGAUGGGAUCUUGGCCCGGUGGCGACGCCUGGGCACCACGCUCGCAGACGGCGCUCAGAGGCUGCAGGAGCUGAUGGCCAAGCUCAUGCAAUUUGAGAAUGACGUCAAAACGCUGCAGAAGUGGAUGGCCGAUGUGGACGUGUUCUUGAACGAGGAGUGGCCGGCGCUGGGAGACUCGGAGGCUCUGGAGAAGCAGCUCGAGCAGUGCACCGCUUUGGUAAACGAUAUUCACACCAUCCAGCCCAGCGUCAACGGCAUCAACGAAGUCGGCCUGUAUCUGAAGAAGGAAGCCGAGCCCCCAUUUGCGAUUCACAUCCAAAAAGAACUGGACUCGCUCAACGCCCAAUGGGAGAUGGUUUGCAAGCAGGCCUAUGCAAAGAAGUCUGCGUUGAAAGGCGGCCUGGAUAAGACUAUGGCCCUGAGGAAGGAGAUGCAGGAGAUGCAGGAGUGGAUAAACCAGGCGGAGGAGGACUAUUUGGAGAGAGAUUUUACGUACAAGACCCCAGAAGAGCUGCGCAAGGCUGUGGAGGAGCUUAAGAAAGGCCAGGAGGAGGUGCACUCCAAAGAGAUCAAGGUGAAGUUGUUGACCGACAGCGUGAACAGCUUCAUCGCUAAAGCUCCGCCCACGGCCCACGAUGCAUUGCGCUCGGAGCUGGACGUACUCGUGGCCAACUACCAGCGCCUCUGCAGCCGCCUGGACGGCAAGUGCAAGACGCUCGAGGAAGUGUGGGCGUGCUGGUGCGAGCUGCUGGCGUACUUGGAGCAGGAGAACCUCUUUCUGGACCAGUUGGAGCAGAAAUUGGAUGAAACCGAAAGCCUGGAGGGCAGGCCCGAAGAGCUGCAGGAAGCACUGGAGGGUCUGGAGGUUCUGCUGCAGCACCCAGAGGACAACAGGAACCAGAUCCGGGAGCUGGCUCAGACCCUGAUGGACGGAGGGGUCCUGGAUGAGCUGAUCCAGCAGAAACUCGAGGCCUUCAACAUCAGAUGGGACGAGCUCAUGGCCAGGGCAGCUCAAAGGAAGAAGGAGCUCGAAGAGAACCUGAAAAGCGCCCAGGAGAACGACCGCGCCCUCAGGGACAUCCAAGAGUCUCUGGCCAACACCGACCGCCACCUGACCGCUUACCUCGCUGAUCACAUCGACGCCCAGCAGAUCCCACAAGAAGCACAAAAAAUCCAAGCUGAAUUAACCGGUCAUGAGAGCACUUUGGAUGAGAUGAGGAAGAAGAACCAGGACAAAGAGAGAGUGCUGGGGCAGAUUGAUGCAACACAGAAAAUGCUGGGCGACGUCUGGGCCAAGUUCCGGCUCUUCCAGAAACCCGCAGACUACGACGCGCGUCUGUCCGAGUGCGAGCGGGUCCUGGCCGGGGUCAAGACGCAGGUGGGGGUCCUGGACUUCCGCAGCGUGGAGCAGGACGUGGUGCAGUCUCAGCUGGAGCAAUGCAUGAAGUUAUACAAAAUCCUGAGUGAAGUAAAAGGGGAAGUAGAGACCGUGAUUAAAACCGGGAGACAGAUUGUCCAGAAGCAGCAGACGGAGCACCCUAAAGAGAUGGACGACCGGGUGACUGCGUUGAAACUGCUUUACAACCAGCUGGGAUCACAGGUGACUGAGAGCAAGCUAGAGCUGGAGAAGAGUCUGAAGUUAUCCAGGAAACUGCGCAAGGAGCUGAACAGUCUGACCGAGUGGCUGGCUGUCACUGACGCGGAGCUAACGCGGCGUUCGGCGGUGGACGGGAUGCCCAGCGACCUGGAGGCGGAGGUCGAAUGGGCACAGUCUAUCCACGCAGAGACGGAGCGCAGGCAGCCACAGCUCCAGGCCGUGGUGGAGCUGGCUGAGGCCCUUAAAGCCGUGUUGAGGGGCCAUGGGGGCCUGGUGGACGAUAAAGUCAGCCUGCUGCACUGCAACUGGAUCGCCGUCACCUCCCGGGCCGAAGAGUGGCUCAACCUGCUCCUGGAUUAUCAGCGGCAGAUGCAGAAGUUGGACAGACAGAUAGAGGAAGUGAACUUGUGGAUCGAUGGAGCGGAGAAGAAGAUGGAUGAGAUUGAGAGCCAGGGUCCAAACGAUGCGAUGCUGAAGGUGUUGCGGGCCGAGCUGGAGCUGAUGAGAGAGAAGAUGGAGGAGGUGGGAGUUCUGGCCCUAGAGCUCAUGUCCACACGGGGAGAGAACUGCCAGGCACAAGUAGGACCCAAAGUGCGGGAUCUGAACCAGAGAUUUGACGGCAUCGCGCAUCGGAUCGCCACUGGUUUGACUGCUGCCUCGCCCAAGGAGCUGGAGCAGUACCACAGCGAGGCUCAGAUUUGGCUGGAACUAUUGGAAGAGGAAGUGAAGCAAGGAGAGAAUCUGAAAGAGGAGGAUUUUCAAGAAGAUAAGGAUUGCGAAGAGGGGGCCGUGAAGGAGCUGUUGAUAAAGGGAGAGAAUUUGCAGAAGAGAGCGCCAGAUCAAGACAAGAGGGAACAAGUCCGACUCAAGCACAACGCACUCAACAACAAGUACAACACGGUCAAGGACUUGCGUUUGCUGAGGAACCGAAAGGCCCUGGCCAUCGCCCCGCAGUGGUACCAGUACCGCAGGAAGUCCCACGACCUGCUGGCCUGGCUGGACGACAUCCAACGGAGCGUGGAGCAGCUGCCCGACCCGCCUGAGGGAGAGCGGGUGAAGGAGAUUGGCGCAGAGCUGGACGCCAAGAAGGAGGAGCUUAAGGAGUUGCAGGGCUUAGCCAAUCAGCUGUGCGAGGGCGGCGCGGCCAAUCUGGUGGAGCCGCGGCAACUGCAGCUCAAAACCCGCUGGGUGGAGGUGGAGGGCAAGUUCCUCCCCUUCAAAAGACAAUGUGAGUAUCUGACAGAGCUGCAGGCACUGUUGCGUCUGGUGUCAGAGACCGACUUCAAGUUGAACUCGCCUGAAUACUGGCCCGCGGCGUACUACAACCUGCCCCAGCAAGACCACUGCCUCUCGGAGGUGAAGGCGAGCAUGGACAAGCUGCAGGCGCCCGUGGAAGGGGCCUUGGCUCGGAGAGAGGAGAUGGUCCAGGGAGCCAGGCCCAUGGAGGCGCAGAGGAUCCAAGAGACGUCCGCUCUGCUCGCCACCAACUGGGACAAACUCAACAAGCUGUACCAAGACCGGCUCAAGCGCUGGCAGGAGUGUAGCUCCAAGUGGCAGAAGUUUGUGGGGGACCAGAAGGCGCUGGAGGAUUGGCUGAGCGAAGCCGAGGGCGCGCUGACUCUGGCAGAGAGCGAUCCGGCAGCUCACAGACAACACCUCAGGGACUUGACGGAGGCCAUCCCCCCACAGGAGGCCGUGCUGGGCCGGGUGAACUCUGCCGGGGAGGACAUCGGCUCCUGCAGCACCCCAGACGACAGCCAGAGAAUCCGCACACAGCUCAAGCUUCUCAACACCCGCUGGGCCAGUGUGUGCCAGCAGCUGAACGACCGCAAGAGGAGGUCAGCCGAGGCCAGGACAGCGGCGGCGGAGCUACAGCAGGACAUGAGCUCGAUGCUGGGCUGGCUGGAUCAGGCUGAGGGGGUGCUGGCCAUCCCUCUGGACCCCCCUGAACCACAGCACAUCCGGGACACGCUAGGCAAAGUGCAGGCUCGAGUGGAGGAGCUUCCUGCUAAGAGGGCGACCAUGGAGGACAUAAACGCGCGGAACAAGCAGCUAGCGCUUCCUGCCGACAAGCAGAAAGACGUGCGGCUCAUCAACAACCGCUGGGCUCAGGUGUCCAAAGCCCUCCCCGAACGGCAGCUGGAGAUCGAGGGUCUGCUGAAGGAGCUGGAGAGGCUUCAGGCUCAGGUGGACGAUCUGUCGGCCUGGGCAUCGAGCACCAGAGGCAGGCUGGAGCAGAGCCCAGAGGAGCCUCCCCCCAGGCUGGGUGAGGAAGUGGAUGCCCGUCAGCCGGAAGUAGAGUAUGUUUUGGAACGAGGCGAACAGCUGUACAGAGAGAUUCCUCCUGGCCGCACGGACAAGGUGAAGUUUGAUAAGCUGAACGAAGACUGGACGAUUAUAAUUGAAUUACUACGGCAACACAAGGAGAGGAUGGCCCUUCUGGCAGCGAGGAAAACAAAUGAGAACCUGUUGGGGAACGCCCAGGCCGAGUCGGCAGCUCUGACUCAGUUUAACAAGUCGUGGGCGGAGCUAACGGACUGGCUGACCAUGCUGGACAACAUGGUGCAGAACAAGAAAGUGUUGGUGGGAGAUCUGGACGAUAUCGGUGAAAAUAUCCGCAUUCUCAAGGGUUCUCUCGACGAAUUAGACCAGCGCCGCCCCCUGUUGGAGAAGCAAGUCACUGCGGCCCAAAACCUGAAAAACAAAACCAGCAACCAGGACACUCGCAACGCCAUCUCCGAGCGCAUGGACCGGCUGCAGGCGCACUGGGACGACUGUCAGACCAAAGUGUCGGACCGGGAGAAGCAGCUCCACAACAUGCUGCAGGACUCCGCGGACUGGCUGGACUCCAAACGGGACGCAGACCAGGUCAUCCGGCUGGCCCGGGACCGCCUGGAGGCCUGGCAGGACAUCACAUACACCGUGGACGACGUCAAGAGGCAGAACGCAGAGCUCAAGCUGAUAGCCAAAGAGAUGCAGCAAUGGCAGAUCCCAGUGGAGAAAACCAACUCUAUGGCCAACAAGCUCCUCAAUCUCUUCGCCAACGACGACACGCAUCUGGUGAAGCAGAUGAACGACGACAUGAACGCCGCCUGGACGCACAUCGGCAAACGUUUGGGCGACCGAGAAGCAGAUCUUGCCUCGGCUUUAAAAACCCUGCAAAACUUCUACUUGGAUUUGGAGAAGUUCCUGAAUUGGUUGACGGAGGCGGAGACCACUUGUAACGUGCUUCUCGAUGCCACGAACAAGGAAAGACUUCAGGAUCAACCAGAAGUGGCAAGAAACCUGUUGUCCCAAUGGAAGGACCUGGAGGCCGAUAUUGAUGGACACACGGAGAUGUACCACUCCCUGGAUGAGAACGGACAGCGGGUUCUGGCGUCGUUAGGAGACAGCGAGGACUCAGCGCUGUUGAGGAGAAGGCUGAACAACAUGAGCCAAAGAUGGAACGAACUCCGCAGCAAGACUCUUAGCAUGAGGGCUCACUUGGACUCGGAGAUGGCCCCUUGGAAGCGGCUGCACAUGUCGCUGCAGGAGAUCCUCAACUGGCUGCGGAUGAAGAGGCAGCAUCUGGAGCAAGAGCCGCCUGUAGGGGGCGACGUUCCCGCUGUGCAGAGCCAGCUCGACACGCACAGGGGGUUCAGGCGAGACAUGCGAGCGAAGGAGCCGGUGGUGACCAAAGCUUUGGACGACGUGGGAAUGUUUUUGUCCGAGUUGCCGAGAGAAACCCCGUCACCUGAACACAGAGACAUCAGCCCGGAGGAGCGCGCGCAUCACGUGGGGCGCGUCCUGCGUAAAGAGGCCGAUGACGUGAACGGCGGAUGGGAGCGGCUGUGCGUGGAUGCGGCAGACUGGCAGAGGCGGCUGGAGCUGGCCCUGGAGCGCCUCGUGGAGCUCCAGGAGGCCGAGGACCUGCUGGACGGGCAGCUGCGGCAGGCCGAGAUGGUGCGCGACGCCUGGGAGCCGGUGGGAGACCUGGUGCUGGACUCGCUGCCGGAGCACAUCGAGAGAGUCAAGGAGUUCCAGGACGAGAUCGCCCCCAUCGAGAACGACGUGAAGCGCUUGAACCAGCUGGCCUCCACGUUCGGGCCGCACGACAUCCAGCUGUCCGUGAGCAACCGCGAACGCAUCGAGGAGCUCAACACCCGCUGGGAACUGCUACAGGUUUCCAUCAGCGAGCACUUGCAGCAGCUGACGGAAGCACACAAAGAGUACAUGGCUUCAGUGGAAAGUCCAUUCGAGCAAGGUGUCUCCCCCAAUAACGUCCCCUACUACAUCAAUCACCAGACCCAGACAACAUGCUGGGACCACCCCAAGAUGGCAGAGCUCUACCAGUCUCUGGCCGACCUCAACAACGUUCGCUUCUCGGCAUACCGCACGGCCAUGAAACUCCGGAGGCUCCAAAAAGCCCUCUGCUUGGACCUCCUGGGAAUGCCCACGGCCUGCGAGGUGUUCGACCAGCACGGACUGAAGCAGAACGAGCAGCUCCUGGACAUCUCCCAGCUGGUCACGUGUCUGACCAGUCUGUACCAGCGGCUGGAGCAGACGCACUCCCACCUGGUCAACGUUCCUCUGUGCGUGGACAUGUGCCUCAACUGGCUUCUCAACGUCUACGACACAACUCGCACCGGGAAGAUACGAACGCUGUCUUUCAAAACAGGGAUCAUCUCACUCUGCAAAGCCCAUCUGGAGGAUAAGUACAGAUUCUUGUUCCGUCAAGUGGCCAGUGCGACAGGGUUCUGUGACCAGCGGCGCCUUGGCCUCCUCCUCCACGACUCCAUCCAGAUCCCCCGGCAGCUGGGAGAGGUCGCUUCCUUCGGCGGGUCCAACAUCGAGCCUUCCGUCCGGAGCUGCUUUCAGUUCGCCAACAACAAACCGGAGCUGGAGGCCGCCAUGUUCCUGGACUGGAUGCGUCUGGAGCCUCAGUCCAUGGUGUGGCUGCCCGUCCUGCACCGCGUCGCCGCCGCCGAGACCGCCAAGCACCAGGCCAAGUGCAACAUCUGCAAGGAGUGCCCCAUCAUCGGCUUCAGAUAUCGCAGUCUGAAGCAUUUCAACUAUGACAUUUGCCAAAGCUGUUUCUUCUCCGGACGCGUCGCCAAGGGACACAAGAUGCAAUACCCCAUGGUGGAAUACUGCACACCGACCACAUCAGGGGAGGACGUCCGCGACUUCGCCAAGGUGCUGAAGAACAAGUUUCGAACCAAGAGAUACUUUGCCAAACACCCGCGCAUGGGCUACCUGCCUGUGCAGACCAUCCUGGAGGGAGACAACAUGGAGACUCCUGUCACUCUGAUCAACUUCUGGCCCGUAGAUGCGCCCGGGUCGUCGCCUCAGCUGUCCCACGAUGACACGCACACGCGGAUCGAGCACUAUGCUAACCGGUUAGCCGAAAUGGAAAACCGCAACGGCACUUAUUUGAAUGACAGUAUCUCGCCAAAUGAGAGCAUUGAUGACGAGCACAUGUUGAUCCAGCACUACUGCCAGUCUCUGAACCAAGGCUCUCCCCUCAGCCAGCCCCGUAGCCCCGCCCAGAUCCUCAUCUCCAUGGAGACGGAGGAGAAGGGAGAGCUGGAGAGGGUGCUGACCGACCUCGAGCAGGAAAACAGAAAGCUGCAGGCGGAGUACGACCGGCUGAAGAAGGCCCACGACCGGAAGGGUUUGUCGCCGCUGCCUUCGCCCCCGGAGAGGCUCCCGGUGUCCCCCCAGAGCGCGAGGGACGCAGAGCUCAUCGCAGAGGCCAAGCUCCUGCGGCAGCACAAGGGCCGGCUGGAGGCUCGCAUGCAGAUCCUCGAGGACCACAACAAGCAGCUGGAGUCCCAACUGCACCGCCUGAGACAGCUGCUGGAGCAGACGGACUCCAAGGUGAACGGCACGGCCCUGUCGUCCCCCUCCACUUCGUCUCAGCGCUCCGACUCCUCCCUCCCCGUGCUCAGAAUGGCCGCCAGUCAGACUACAGACGCCAUGGAUGACGAGCUUUCCACUCAACCACUCCUUCCCUCACAGUCAAGGAGGGAGGAGGGGGCACCCAUGAGCGGUCCCUCCAUCGGCAGUUUGUUCCAUAUGGCGGACGACUUGGGCCGCGCCAUGGAGUCUCUGGUCACCGUGAUGAUUGACGAGCAGAGCGGCCAAUCGCACGAGGCCCUGCGCUAUUGA